AUGUCAACAUCGGUUUCGGUAACGUGGCUUCUCUACGGAUUCGUCGCAGCAGUUCUGGGAUUGUUCUGGUACCUGGCCAGAACCAGAAACGAGUCUGAUUCGCCCGCGACAGGCGCAAGCAAUACCCGACCGCGGGAGUCGAAUGCGGAUUUCGACCUGCAAAGCAGUAUUUCAUCGCUGCCUGAUGCGCUAAUCUUACUCGGCUCACAGUGGCAGCUGCGCUGGGCCAACCAGACUGCUUGUGACUGGUUCGGCAUCACCCUUGACAUCAAUAUGGACCAGCCGGUUUGGCAGGUGAUGAACAUUCCGGGGUUUGUAGACUACCUUUCCAAAAAAGAUUUCGCCGAGUCAUUCGAAUGCAAGGCGCCGGCAGAUCACAAUGUGCAUCUCGGCAUACGUAUCGUGCCUGAUCGGGAGAAUCAGUUUCUGUUGCAGGGCAGGGACAUCACUAAAAUUAGCCAGCUCGAGCAGAUCCGCAGGGAUUUUGUCGCCAACGCUUCUCACGAACUUCGCACGCCGCUGAGUAUUCUCUAUGGUUACCUGGAGAUGAUGCAGGAAGAACCGGACGACUCUAUUGGAAGUCAGUGGAAGCCGGCAAUCACGCAAAUGUACGAACAAACCGAGCGUAUCAAGCAGAUCAUUGACGAUAUGAUGCUGUUGUCACGCCUUGAACAGGUGGAUACCGAUCUGGAUCAUGACUUCCACCCGAUGGCGCCGCUGAUGCACAACGCCUGCAAAGACGCGAAAGCGCUGAGUGUGGGAAAAGGUCACCAUAUCGAGUGCCAGAUUGAUGAGAACUACUCUCUAUCCUGUGAUUCAGAAGAAAUUCGCAGCCUGAUUACCAACCUGAUUUCAAAUGCAGUGCGCUACACCCCGGACAAUGGCACCAUUGAUAUUUGCUGGAAAGUCGAUCUGGUCGGGGGGAAUUUGUCUGUAUCAGAUUCCGGGAUCGGCAUUGAAGAGAAUAAUAUUCCGCGUCUCACCGAACGGUUUUACCGGACCGAUCCGGCGCGCUCAAAGGCGGCGGGCGGCACCGGGCUCGGACUCGCUAUCGUCAAUCAUAUCGUCAAUCGCCACCAAGGGAAGCUUGUGAUUACUAGCGUUGUCGGAGAGGGCAGUACAUUUAGCGUGCAUUUCCCGAAAGACUCGAUCCGGGCAGAUCAUGAACAGGUCAAUCUGCUGCUCAAAUAA